AUGUGUCUGUCUUCACAAAGACCGGAUCACUUGACAGAAAGCCAUGUGAUGGAGAGUCACUUCGGCUUGGGCAGCACACUCAGGGAGAAGUGCACCCUGGGCCGCAAAAGGCGUCCAGGCGUCCACCCGUCCAGGCGUCCACCCAUCCAGGCGUCCACCCGUCCAGGCGUCCAGGCUUCCACCCGUCCAGACGUCCAGGCUUCCACCUGUCCAGGCGUCCACCCGACCAAGGUUUCCAUCCGUCCAGGCGUCCAGGCUUCUACCCAUCCAGGCGUGCAGGCAUCCACCCGUCCAGGCUUCCACCCGUCCAGGUGUCCAGGCAUCCACCCGCCCAGGCGUCCAGGCUUCCACCUGUCCAGGCGUCCAUGUUUGCACCCGUCCAGGCUUCCACCCGCCCAGGCGUCCAGGCGUCCACCCGUCCAGGCAUCCAGGCGUCCUCCCGUCCAGGCGUCCCGGCGUCCUCCCGUCCAGGCGUCCAAGCGUCCACCCGUCCAGGCGUCCCGGCGUCCUCCCGUCCAGGCAUCCCGGCGUCCUCCCGUCCAGGCAUCCAGGCGUCCACCCGUCCAAGCGUCCAGGCAUCCACCCGUCCAGGCGUCCAAGCGUCCACCCGUCCAGGCGUCCCGGUGUCCUCCCGGCCAGGCAUCCAGGCGUCCACCCGUCCAAGCGUCCAGGCAUCCACCCGUCCAGGCGUCCAAGCGUCCACCCGUCCAGGCGUCCAAGCGUCCUCCCGUCCAGGCGUCCCGGCGUCCUCCCGUCCAGGCGUCCCGGCGUCCUCCCGUCCAGGCGUCCCGGCGUCCACCCGUCCAAGCGUCCAGGCCUCCACCCGUCCAGGCGUCCAAGCGUCCACCCGUCCAGGCGUCCAAGCGUCCACCCGUCCAGGCGUCCCGGCGUCCUCCCGUCCAGGCGUCCACGUGUUCAGGCUUCCACGCGUCUAGGCGUCUAGGCGUCCCGGCGUCUAGGCGUCCCGGCUUCUAG